CCAUAUUAUUGGCUAAGCACUUGAUUUUCCCCCUCCAUCUAAUAAUUUAACUUUCAGUUGUUAACCAGUGCCAAUGUGGUUGGCCAAAUCAAAAUCAUUAAUGAAUUUUUUUUUUAGUUUGUUAAACAUGGUCAGAUGUACUGAAAAUAAAAAGCUCAAGAAAAACAGACUAGGAUGGAACAAUAAAAGAGUUGGUCACCUAAAGAAGAAUUUCGCAGCAUGCACACCUCACUGAGCAUGACAUAACUACUAUAACAUUUAUAUUAAGCCCAUAAUUCUUGAGAAAUUUCUUUACUAAUUGAGCCAUGACAUUAACCAUUAAGAUGCUUGAUCUCUUACAAGUUCUUUCCAUCCUUAGUUUCUUGGUUCUUCUGAAGAGUAAUGCUCAGCUAAUGCUUGAAGUUCCUUCAUUGAUGAAAUGCAAAUUUGACAAAAUAUAUCAGUUGGGUGACUCACUUUCCGAUACUGGCAACUUCAUCCGGGAGAGCUUCCUCGGAGCUUUCUCUCCAUUUGCAAAACUUCCUUACGGCCAAAACUUUCCUCAGAAUAAAUCAACUGGACGAUGUUCUGAUGGUUUGCUCAUGAUCGAUUUCAUAGCAAUGGAAUGUGGUCUUCCCUUACUAAAUCCCUACAAGGAUCAAAAUGCAAAUUUUAGACAUGGAGCCAAUUUUGCAGUAGCAGGAGCUACUGCUUUACCAGCUGAAAUCCUGAUAGAUAAGAAGAUUAAUUCUAAUCCACUGGUCACCAAUAGUUCAUUAAGUGUGCAACUUGACUGGAUGUCUUCUCAUUUCAAUUCCACUUGCUUCCUUGAUUGCUCAAAAGACCUAAAGAAGGCACUUUUCUUGGUUGGAGAAAUAGGAGGAAAUGAGUUUAAUUAUGGUUUAUUGCAAGGUAAAACAAUGGAGGAGUUGACAGUAAUGGUUCCUGAAGUUGUUCAGAUCAUUAUCAAUGCUGUUGAAACUGUUAUUGGUUUUGGGGCUGUCCGAAUUGUUAUUCCUGGAAAUUUUCCAAUUGGUUGUAUACCAAAUUUGCUAACAAUGUUUUCGACCAAUAAUUCGACUGCAUACGAUGAGUAUCAUUGCUUGAAAGACUUGAAUAAUUUGGCUUUCUUCUAUAAUCAUCAUUUGCAAAAAUCCAUUCAAGAGCUCGAGAAAGCGUACUACCCAAACAUUACAUUGAUAUAUGGUGACUAUUACAGUGCUUAUCAGUGGCUUCUGCAAAAUGCCACUAGUCUUGGGUUUGACAAAAAUUCUCUACAGAAAGCUUGUUGCGGAAUAGGAGGAGAAUACAACUACGACAAAAGUAGAAUAUGUGGAGCUCCAGGAGUCCCAAUCUGUGGUAACCCUGCAACUUACAUAAGUUGGGAUGGAGUUCAUUUGACACAAGCAGCAUAUAAAUGGUUGACGAUAUGGCUAAUAGAUGACAUGUUACCUACACUAAACUGCCAACUUUAGGAUUUUUUUUCUUGGCAAAUUCAACAAUCAGAAUGUAUAUUUGUUAGAGUAUUAUUUGGUAGCAUGUAAUUCAACAUAAUAAAAAUUAUUGUAGUUACCGUCCUGUUACUAUUUGUUGUUUUAGUUAUAAUUUGCUGUUUUUUGUACUUCUGUUACCUUCUUUUUUGGACUGCUUU